AUGACGUUUUCCCUUCUCCAUGGAGUCACCCUUGGUCCUCUUAUUGGCUUAGUAAUAGAUGUUCACCCAGGCAUUUUGGUGAGCGCGUUCAUGGCAACUGCAAUCGUAUUUGCUUGUUUCUCAGGAGUUGCCAUGUUGGCAAGACGAAGAGUGUUUAUUUAUCUUGGAGUGGUUGACACCCAGGAGAUUAUUGAAAGAGCUCAUCUUGGAGAUUUGGAUUAUGUGACCGAUGCUCUAUUGCUUUCUGUCAACUUUAUUUCUGUAUUUGUUCGCAUUCUUAUCAUCAUAUUGAAGGCAAUAGAAGAGGAUGAGAAGAAGAAAAAUAAAGAGAGAAAGGAUUAG